UGACGUCUGGCUGGGCGUUGGCGUGCUGCCUUGUUCGUUCUCUCGAUGCUACGAAAGGAAGCUUCUGUCGUUUGCAGAAAUAAGCGUUGUGACAUCCAACGGUUUCCCUAUGAUAUGCGAAAUGCUCACGUGAUGAAAAUGCGGUCACAAUUUCAAAUGGCUUCGUGGAUGCUAAUUGUGGGCGUCGUCCUAGUACCGAUCGUCUAUUUUUCUCUGUGGUCUGUGGACCACGGGAGGGUCAGACCUGUUGACAGACACUUCCGCUUCCCUUUGGUACGUGUACCUGUUCUAAGGAGUUCCAUCAGUACACGUGGUAAUAUCUCACAAACUGUCCAUUCAACGGCAACAGUAAAGGUUUUGAGUAAAGAGACUGUGCGUGCUAGCGUUCGAGCGAACUAUCCAACACUAAAAACGACUCCAUCGCACACCAAUGCUACUAGUAGUCGUGACUCUGAAGCUGUGUUGAGUCAAAAUGAGGUUGAGAAGGUUUAUGACGGAUACAGGAAUGCUAUGAGCGAUCAACCUCUGAAGAUGAAGUGCCAGGAUUGUGCUUUGAUAUCAAGCUCGGGACGAAUUCUAGGUCAGAAGAAGGGAUCGGAGAUUGACAAGACAGACUGUGUGUUUCGGAUGAAUGCUGCUCCUGUGAAGGGCUUUGAAACGGAUGUUGGACAGAAGACGAGUGCACGCAUUGCAGCCUUUAAUGCUUUUGGAUCGAAAGUUUUGAAAGAAUGGAAGCCAGGGAUAAAGCUCAUUGUGUGGACUAACAACCAUCCAGGAACUAUCAAACGCAUUUUGUCGUAUGCAAAAACGAAUAAGAAUGCUGAUUUGUAUAUGUCGACUAAAGAGCACAUUCAGCUGAUGGAUAAACUGUUUGAGGAGGAGACUAAGAAGCCUCGAAUGAAGUCUCAUACUUGGCUUUCGACUGGAUGGUUUACUUUUGAUCUGUUGAGACACGUAUGCCCGUCUACCAAGAUCUAUGGAAUGAUUCCUGAAGAUUUCUGCACGAAGAAAAAUCAACCUAAGGCUAGAUACCACUAUUGGGAAGCUCGAGGGGACGAGUGUGCUUAUUAUGUUAGCAGUGAAAAGUUCAAUGGUGGAGCACAUCGAUUCAUCAGUGAGAAAACUGUAUUUGCAAGGUGGGCUGUCGCGUCUAAUAUGACAUUUCAUGCACCCAAGUGGGAUCCAAAGGACUACGCUAAAGCUGAAACGAGCAAGUCUAGUUAACUCUGGUGAGUACCUGUAACUAGAUACUGUCAGUUUACACUAAUGGUGUACGCGUGAAGAGUGUAUCACCACUGCAAGUUUGUAAUGGAUUUGAGUCGGACUCUUAAGAGGUAUUGAUUAAUGUACAUGCAUUGGUUGCAAAUAGUGGUCAAUGUAACAUGAAGUUUAGAGGUAGUUAAAUGUUUAUAAGAUUUGGAUCUUAUCUUUGUUUCUUCAA